AUGCCAACCAGAAAGACGGUGAACACUGUGGAGAGCAGGAGAAGUUUUGAUGAUCCGAAUUCGACGAUUGACACCAAAACUUAUCACGUGCGGUACUGUUCACGUAUUCUCGCUGAUCUGGAUAGUUAUCUGAAAAGUUUUCGGUCCGAGCUGGAUCAAACAAUAGUACUGAUGGAUUAUUUGAAGAAACUCUUGGAUUCAGUAUGUCCACCAAAAGGCUGCCAUACUGCUGUGUCUUCGAAAGCACCCAUUGUGACACUGGGCUUUAUAAAAGAAUCACAUUUGGUCCGUCUGGCAGGUUUCUCAGGUGUUUUGGCAAUAUCACUAGGUGCAUAUGGAGCACAUGUUUUGCGUGAAGGUGGAAAUGCAGAUGAACGGCGUGUUCGUGCUUUUGAAACCGGGAAUCGUUAUCAUCUGAUACAUUCAGUAAUGCUAUUCCUUGCUAAUAAGGCACGCUUCCCAUGGCUUACUGUUUCGCUUUUCCUCGGUGGCAUGGUAGUCUUCUCUGGAUCUUGCUACCACUACAGUAUGACUGGUAAAGACUGUCUGAGAAAAUACACUCCGAUCGGUGGUGUGAUGUAUAUUUUAGCAUGGCUUUCGUUCCUAUUUUGA